UGACACACAUGAAGAAUCAUGCAAGGCGUGCUGCAUGACUGUAAAGUAAGGCACACAUGUUGAGCACGACAUCACUCAUCAUCAUUGUGUUUUUUAGGUUGUUCAUGUGUUCUGUUGUUAUUCUAAUGACAUAGGUUUAUCAGAAACAAAUAUUUUUGUCAGUUUUCCUGCAGGAGGAUCUGGAGGCUUCAGUUACUGUGCGUAAACAGGAUCUGGAAAUGACCUCAUCAAACAAACCUGUGAAAGUGAAACUGUCAAACGUAUUUGAUACUGAGUACGGUUAAAACUAGCUGUCUAGGGGCAGAUUCAAACCUAAAUAUACUUAUGGCAACUCCGUAUAGAGCAGGGCACUUGGCAAAGGGAGCAAUUGAAAAUGUAACUUUCUCUUUACCUGGAAUGAACUUCAUGUGCCAUUCCUUUGAAUGUGAAAGAAUGAGUGACGCCGUUUCAGGGCAGAUGUUUACACUGGAUAUUUAAAGAGCCAUAUGUUUUUUGACAGCACAGCUGCUAGCCACUGCAGUUCAGUUCACCUCCAAAAAUGAGUUUUCGUGAGGAGACAGAGAAAGACACUGGCUCUAAAAUGAGUUCUCCAUCCUCUGAAUCAAGCUGUGAUCAACCCAUAAAGAACCAACCCUUUGCCUUUACUGAUGCAACAGUGACUGACCCCAGCAAGUGGAAGAGACUGAGAUCAGAGUCGCCAGAACCCAGUGGUGUGUCUGUGAAGAGUAAUGCAUCUAUGAUGGCUCCCCCUAGACUCAGUGAGGCAACAAUGACCUGUGAUCCCAGCAGGUGGAAGAGACUGGGAUCAGAGUCUCCAGAACCCAGUGGUGUGUCUGUGAAGAGUAAUGCAUCUAUGAUGGAUCCCCCUGCACUCAGUGAGGCAAGAGUGACCUCUGACCCCAGCAGGAGUGAGAUAUGUGAGCUGAUCAGAUGCUCUACAUCCCACUAUCAGACCCACAUCAGGCAAGAAAGAACUGAAGCAGUCCUGGAGACACACACACUGAAGACUGUAGACCUGCAGAGAGUAAAAUACCAGCACAAAACCAGCAUAAAGAUCAAGUAUGAGAGAUUAUUUGAGGGAAACAAACUCCAAGAGAAUGAAACCCUCCUGAACAGGAUCUACACACAGCUCUACAUCAUAGAGGGAGAGAGUGAAGGAGUGAAUGAAGAACAUGAGGUUUUACAGAUGGAGCAAACAGCCAGUACACAACACUCACAAGAAACUCCAAUAUACUGUAAUGAUAUCUUUAAAGCCUCACCUGAACCAGGAUGUGAGGAGAAAGACCAGAUCAAGACUGUUCUUACUAAAGGCAUUGCUGGAAUCGGAAAAACCGUCUCUGUGCAGAAGUUUAUUCUGGACUGGGCCGAGGGAAAAGCUAAUCAGGAUGUAGAUUUCAUGUUUGUGCUUCCAUUUCGAGAGCUGAACUUGAUCCGAGAUCAUCAGUACAGUCUUCACAAACUUCUGCUGGACUUUUAUCCUGAACUUCAAGAUCUGGACUCAAAGAUUUAUGAGGAGUGUAAAGUUGUGUUCAUCUUUGAUGGUCUGGAUGAAAGCAGAAUCACACUGAUGUUUUCAGACGAUCAUAAGGUUUGUGAUGUGACUGAGACUUCAUCACUGGGUGUGUUGAUGACAAACCUCAUGAAAGGAGAGCUUCUUCCCUCUGCUCUCAUCUGGAUCACCUCCAGACCAGCAGCAGCCAAUCAGAUCCCCUCCAAAUACAUCAACCGUCUGACAGAAAUUCAGGGAUUCAAUGAGCCUCAGAAAGAGGAAUAUUUCAGGAAGAGAAUCAGUGACCAGCAUCAAGCCAGCAUAAUCAUCUCACACAUCAGAAGAGCAAGAAGCCUCCACAUUAUGUGCCACAUCCCUGUCUUCUGCUGGAUCUCAUCCACUGUGCUUCAGAAGCUCCUGAAAGAAGAUCUGAGUGCAGAAAUCCCUCAAACUCUGACUGAAAUGUACAUCCACUUUCUGCUGAUUCAGAUCAACAUGAGGAACCAGAAGUAUGAAGAGAGAGAUCCAGAGAAACUCCUGCAGUUCAACAGAGAAGUGAUUGUGAAACUUGCUGAAGUAGCUUUCAAACAGCUGAUUAAGGGGAAUGUGAUGUUCUAUGAGAAGGACCUGAUUGAGAGCGGCAUAGACGUCACUGACGCCUCAGUGUAUUCUGGGAUUUGCACUGAGAUCUUUAAGGAGGAAUCUGUGAUUCAUCAGAGGAAAGUUUACAGCUUCAUCCAUCUGAGUGUUCAGGAGUUUCUCGCUGCUUUCUAUGUGUUUUACUACCACGUAUACAGCACUACAGAAGCAUGUUUUGAUUCACUGGAAAAUCUCCAUAAAAGAGUGGCUGAUAAGGUUGUAAUGAACAAAAAUGGACAGCUGGAUCUGUUCUUGCGGUUCCUGCUGGGCAUCUCACUGGAGUCCAAUCAGAGACUCCUACAGGAUCUACUGACGCACAUAGAGAACAGCUCAGAGAGCAUCAGAGAAACCACACAGUACAUUAAAGAGAAGAUCAAAAAUGGACAUGGACUCUCCACUGAAAGAUCAAUCAAUCUGUUCCUCUGUCUGCUGGAAGUGAAAGAUCAGACUCUGUCCCGAGAGAUUCAGGAGUUUGUGAAAUCAGACAAACACUCAGAGGAAAAACUCUCUCCUGCUCGCUGCUCAACAAUUGCCUACAUGCUUCAGAUGUCAGAGGAGGUGCUGGAUGAGCUGGACCUCAAGAAAUUCAACACAUCAGAUGAAGGUAGAAGAAGACUGGUACCAGCUGUGAUCAACUGCACAAAAGCUCUUCUUGCUGGCUGUAAUAUCAAUGCUCUGUGCAGUCAGAAUUUAUCAUCAACUCUACAAUCCUCAAACUCUGUCCUGAGAGAGCUGGACCUGAGUAACAAUGACCUGCAGGAUUCAGGAGUGAAGCUGCUCGCUGUUGGACUGAAGAGUCCAAUCUGUCAGCUGGAGAUCCUGAGGUUGUCAGGCUGUAUGGUGACAGAGGAAGGCUGUGGUUAUGUGUCUUCAGCUCUGACUUCAAACCCCUCACACCUGAGAGAGUUAGAUCUGAGCUACAAUCACCCAGGAGAAUCAGGCGUCAAGCUGCUCUCUGAAAAACUCAAGAAUCCAAACUACAGACUGGACAAACUCAAUUUGGAUCAUGGAGAACAAUUCAGAAUCACACCAGGUUUGAGAAAAUAUGCCUAUGAUUUCACUCUGGAUAUGAACACCGUAAACGCUAAACUCAUCCUGUCUGAGGAAAACAGAAAGGUGACGCGUGUGGAAGACUCUCAGCCGUAUCCUGAUCAUCCAGAGAGAUUUGUUGAGUGGUGUCAGAUUCUGAGUAGAGAGAGUCUGACUGGACGCUGUUACUGGGAGGCUGAAUGGAGUGGAUGGUCUUAUAUAUCAGUGACAUAUAAAGGAAUCAGUAGGACAGAAGGAAAUAACUCUUGGUUUGGAUACAACGACAAAUCUUGGAGUCUGAACUGCUCUAAAAAAGGAUUCACUGUCUGGCACAAUAGCAAGCGAACUGAAAUUCCUCGCUCUUCAUCCUCUAAUAGAGUAGGAGUGUAUCUGGACUGGUCAGCCGGCAAUCUGUCCUUCUACAGCGUCUCUGACACACACACACUCACACACGUACACACAUUCAACACCACAUUCACUGAACCCCUCUAUGCUGGGUUCGGGGUGUUUGAUUCCUCACUGACUCUGUGUCAAAUUAAACAACCUGCUGAGUAGUUACUAAUUAUAUGUAAUCUGGAUUACAUAUAAAUUAUUAUAAAAAAUAUAUAUACAAAUAUAUAUACAAAUUAAAUAUAUACACAAAAUAUGUACACACACACACAACAACCAAGUAAAUAGAAUAGAAAAAGAAUAGAGAAAGAUAGUGUUAGAGAUUUUUUUUAAGAAAACAAGUAGUUAGGAAACAAAAUAGAGAGUACAAGUGUUAGAGGUCAAGUUUUAGUUUGUUUGUUAAAAAAAAAAAAGAAAAGAUUUCUAAUAGAGUGUUAAAGUUAGAUGGUCAAAUACAGUACUUCCACUUACUAUUUCAUAUCUACAUUUCCUCCAGAAGUCUGAGAUCUACUAGUAGGCGACAUCUCGUGGUAACGUCACACAGAGGCACAAAAUCAAGUCCCUUUAAGACAAGUCAUUUCACUCGGCAGCCAUCUUUGAAUGUCUUUGAGCCAUCUCUCUGAAUGGGGAAACAUCAAAUUCUUCAAAACUGUUCACUAAUGUUUACGAUUAAAUUUCAUAUUUGAAAACACCAAUGAAAUCUAACAACAACAGUGUUAUAAAGCAUGUUUAUUAUGUUCAAAUACCGUUAAAAAAGCUUGUUUUUGAUGCUGGACCAGCCAGUGCGCAUGCACAGUCAUGAGCACGAGUUUGCGAACCCUGCCUGUUUCUAUAGGAACCGGAGCUUCUAAUGGCUGCUGUGAUGAUGUAGUGGUUACAAAUAAUUUAAAAAAAGAAAAAUGAUUUUUUUCUAAAUAUGUCGUUGUCAUGAAAAAAAGAAAAGAAAUGAAAUGUCAUUAAUGUGUGAUCUAUGUUGUGUAUUAACUAAGUAUGAUCUUUGUGGACAACGAUUAAUACUUCCUGCCGAGAAUGGUAUGGACGAUCGAUUACUUCUGUUUUUGGACUCGUUCACCUGCUGGGGGAGGGGGGCGCCGGGCGCGCUGCUCAAACCAUACACAGACUCAGAAGGUGAAGCAGCAGCUCCAUGCCCUGUGUCUUUAUUGACUUAAUAUCUUCCCUCACCAGGUAUGAAAUGUAUAAUGUCAUGGAAAUUCAUUUUAUAUGUGUCAGUGCUGUGAAAAUGGCAAAUGUCAUACACUAAAGUGUGUAAAUAGUCCUAAAUAGAUGUUUAAAAGUUCGGUUCAAGCACAUGUGUACCACACGCGGAUACCGUGAUUACAGGAAUGUGAAAAUGUAGUAAAUUACGGAUAUAUAAUGUGUUUUGAUGGUUAAUAUAACACAUAAGAGUUAUACGUUUCAAGUGAAAGUGUUGAAAAUAGAAAUCAGUUGUUUCACGAGAAAGUGCAAUGAAUGUGUUUGUGCAAGUAGUGUAUAAAAAGAUAUAAUUAUUUUUGCUAACAUGUGCAAUAAUUCCAGGGCUCAUUUAAGUACUUUAAGUAACAUGGUACAUAAGUUAAGAUGUUAAGUAGUAUUCAUAAUGUACAUUGCAUUCCAAGUGUUUACAAAAAUUGUUUAAUUGGUGGAAAACAGUACCUGAUGAGAAUCUGUAUUUGAGUAAUUUCUGAUUUUUCUGCAUAUUGUGACUUUUGAUAUAUGAAAAUGUAGAAAUAAUUGCAUUAAUGAAAAAAACAAUACACAGACUCAGAAGGUGAAACAG